AUGUUACAAGUUGCAGAGUUAGAUAAGCUUCGCCUUGAUGCAUAUGAAAGUUCUAUGUUAUACAAGGAGAGAACCAAGAGAUGGCAUGACAAGCACAUUCAAAGGCGUGAAUUCAAGGAAGGAGAACUAGUCCUAUUGUUCAACUCCCGUCUCAAGCUAUUUUCGGUAAAACUCAAAUCCAGGUGGUCUGGACCAUUCCAAGUCACCAAGGUCUUCCCUUAUGGUUCUGUAGAAGUUUGGAGCGAGGGGAGCGAUACAUUCAAGGUGAAUGGGCAACGGUUGAAACAUUACCGAGCUGGAGUACCCAUUCAAGGGAACCAGGUUUAUAACCUUUCCCUUCCUUCUUCCUACUGA